UCGAACAUUUAAUGCCAUAAAUUGCGAGUGUAAUACCCUAAUUUUUCUCGUAUUAUCAUUUAACGCCGACCUCACAUUGAAAAUCUACAUCAGAACCCAUCCGAAAAGCCUUUUGAAAAUCAACAUAAACAAAUCGAUAUCAAGGGGGUGCAUGAAGGAUGCAGAUAAACGCUCGCUCAACGCUAACGAUCUCCUAUACAGGGAACAGGUGCGACGCGAUGGGUGUCGACUCAACGUAACCAGUGAGUCCAGUCGAGCCCUAGCCCUACGUCUGUGCAUAGAGGCGCUAGGCAGGCAUAGCAUGCAGUGAUACCCAGUGGAACUCUUUUCCAGUAUACUGGUUUUAGUCAUCAUCUUCAUCCAGAACACUAUAAAUCGUACGUUCGACCCCUAUGACCUACAGGGUACACCAUUUUAAUGCACUGGAGCUCGUUUUUCGGAUUUCUUUCCUCUCGAGGCCGGCCGGAGGAACAUCAUGAAAUGAAUAUACCGGUACGAGACGGGGGCCGCGGAGUAGACUUCAGCCGCUGCGCUUCCCAGCAACGGCAAGCGAUUUGAGCUGCUCAAAUCAUCUUCGCUGCAUCUGCAGUGUCAUCAUCAACAUGCCUCAUGAUAAAUUCAGCGGGUUAUUAACUCUCCCGUUUCAUUGCAUCAAGACACAGGGAAGGAGGAUCAGAAUGGAACUGGGAAGCCAUUGUCCCAUUGAAUCAAAUUUUUGAGUGGGAGUGGACAUCACAGACGUCAGACAAUAACCAGAUCACUCACCUACGACGUCACAAUACCUUGUAAAGGAGAUUAUCAUUAAGGAUUAAACUCACCCCAGAUCUAAUUAAACUGGAAAGGAGGGUUUCCUGUCUUGUUUGUAGAUGUCAUUUACUGUCUGGAAUUCACUCUACCCGGAUCUAAUACUGUCUUUACUAGUUCUAUACUUAGUUUAAUGUAGGGCCUUCCCUUGUUUGUGGGUACCUGCAAAAAAUAUUGAGUGAGUUGAGUUGAACAUGCAUUAUUCAACACGUCUUUAUCUACUGAUCAACUGUUUCAAUUGAUAAAAACCAACCAGUGUUACUACAUGCCUCUCUUGACCAGAUAGAGAGAGAACCCUUAUAGCGGUUCUGUUUUAUAACUCUGCAUUUUUUUGGGAGCUGAUGUUCACCAGAUUGGAAGCACCCACAUCACAUUUGACUCUUGAUUUUUGUGGGAACAAAAUAAAACUAUAUAACAAGUAAAGUGAUUGAUAUCUGAUGCAGUGAAUUAAGUUUUGUGUGUUCUUUGUCAUCCAAAUGUGAAAUUGCACUUAUUUGGCAGAGUUUUAUCAGGAAAUAGUUGAUCAUCACAUCCCAGGUGUAAUGAUUACCAGUUACCAAAAUGGCUCAUAUAUUUGGGAGUCUUCUUGCUAAUGGAUACCACGUUGUCAUCCUUGGCUUGGAUGAAUCUGGUAAGACAUCGGUGCUGUACAGACUCAAAUUGGAUGAAUAUGUGAACACUGUCCCAACGAUCAGCUUCAACACAGAAAAGAUCAAAUGUAAGAAGGGCUCCGCCAAAGGAUCAACGUUCAAGUUGUGGGAUGCGGGUGGAGCGGAGAAGCUACGUCCUUUGUGGAAAUCGUACGCAAGAGCUGCUGAUGCGAUUGUUUACGUCGUAGACAGCACGGACAAGGAACGGUUUGAUGAAGCCAGGUGUGAACUCUUCAAGGUUGCACAACUUCAGGAGACAAAGGGUGUCCCGAUAUUGCUGAUCGCAAACAAGCAGGACCUGAGGCAAGCAGUUGGUGCGGCAAACAUCGAAGUGGCUUUGAGCAUACCUGAGCUGAGGACACAGCAGCAUACAGUGAAUGUGCUUGCAGGGUGUGCGUUGACAGGAGAAGGGUUUGAAGAAGUCCUCGACACCUUGAAAGAUAUCAUCGAUAAGCAUCGGAAACUGCUGAAGCAACAGAAGAAAGGGAGAUAACCGAUGCUGGAGAGAGGGGACUAUAUUAUCCUUUGGGGUAACAUUUUCAUCACCAUCUCUCUCAUUCCUUUUGAACGCAGUAUUUUGUUGCCCCCCACAAAGACCCACCUUUAAGUUUUAUAUAAUUUGUAACCUCAUUAUGAACCAUUAUGUAUUGCUGCCUUAUCUAUUUUAUUCUAACACUUGAGUACAGUACAGUAUGUUAUAUUGCAGCAGAUGUUCAACGAAAUGCAUCAUUUUAAAGUGGAGUGUGUGUGAAAAACACUCAUGAAUUAUUGCAUAUUAUGUAAUUUUCUAAUUUCUUUGUAUACAAAUCAUCCUCCCCAUAGGACUCCCCCUGGGAAGGGUGCCGGGGGGGGGGGGUAAGUGUAGGAAUUUAGGAAACCUAAAUUAAAGAUAACCACGUUAGGGUAACUUCUUUGUUCCUGGAGUGGAGGAGUUAUUAAUACAAAAAAACAUUUCUGUCAUUUGAAUUAUUUCAUUGAAAUAUAGGCCUUUUCUUUGUUCUUUUGACAGAAUCUUUCAUUAAUUUGAAUUAAUUGUGACUCUUACUGAUCUUUAACCAAUCAAUAUUGCCUUGAAAUAUGUGAUGUGCAGAUGCAGUACAUUGUAUGCUCUAGAAGUACCUUGGUUUAAAUACACCUUUGCCAUUAUUUAUUAAUUCAGUUGAUUAAAAGUGUAAAUUAUGGUUAUUGGAUAUAUCUUGAUUGUGUGUGUUCAGUAGAAUUCCAUUUUCUCUGAGUUUACAGUGCCUGUAUUAGUGUAUUGAUCAUAAUAUUAAUCAUUCCUAAUUUCCUACAAUCAGAGUGUGAUCAAACAUGCACUCAUACAUUGUAGGCUACAUAGACUCCUUUGAGAGUGAAUAUUUGAAUCAAUUUCAUUGGCCUUGUUUGAAUUUCUACCCUUGACCAAGACUUAUAAUAAAAUCAUCAUUUUUUAAUGGUAACAACUAACAAAUUAUAAUAUUUAUUUAUCUAAUCAUGCUCCGCCAUUUGGUAAAUAAUGUGUGAAAUGCUUUAAUUAUCAUUGCCUUUACCACUAAAAAAAACACAGUUCAUUAUCCUCAUUUCCUGUUAUAAUUGUAUUGAUGUAAUAUGUAUUUUUAUCAGCAAUCCAUGCCCACUCUCCCAACAACAGUACCGAAUCACAACAUGAAUUCAUUCAUACAUGUGUAGUUGGAAAGAAAGAAAGUCUACUUCAUUCACUUUAUUCAAGCCAUCUCGGACCUAACCCAGCUCCACCCAAAGUGAUGCUUGGAGCCCCCAUACUGAGCCAUUCGGUGAAGAUUGUGGGAGACCAGUCCAUGCAGCUGUCUUAAUUUCUCUAUGUACAUUAAAUUUGACCUUGUGGUGCAUUUCUGCUUGUACUGUAUCUUAACAUUUAGAUGGCUUCAACCGUCUAUCUCAUACCAGCAGAUUUCUUACAAAAGUGCACAUCAUUAAGAACAAAGUAAUGAAUUCCUAUCGUUAUCUAGAAGAAGGAAGUAAGCGUAGUUGUCUAAGCUGGAUUAUGCAUUCUUGUACCGUUAGCCAUCUUCAAGAGUACUCCAUGCAUUUCUGUAUCGAUCAUUGAGAUGAAUGUAUUAUUCAUGACUGAAUAUGAAAUGAAUGAUGGGCAAAGAAUGUGAAUGUAAAUGCAUACAGUGUAUAUUGUACAACAGAUUGCAAUACCGUAAUACAUACAUACAUGUAUAGUUGCAUAAAGCUGAAUGAAGACUUUCAUUACCUUCCUUCAAGAAUAUUCUGAUUAGUGAUUUCUGAUACCCCUCAUUCCUUUUCUGUAGUGAUCGAUGAACAGAAAUUCAUUCAUAAAAUUGGGUCCUGGGUUAAAAAAUAAGGGAUAUAAAAAUUAUGAUAUGAUCUGUUAUAUACAGACAAGAUACAUGUAAUGCUACAUGUAUUCAAAUAGUUAUCUAAGAUUUAAAUGACUAUUGACGACUCUAGCCCCCCCCCCCAUUUUAUUAUAGCAAUAAUAUAGCCAAAGCUGGAUGAAGCCCAAUGUUGGAACCUUACAUCCAAUGUAAGACUCCAUUCUCUUUUACAUUUUAAGGCCAGGUAACACAUUUUGAUGAGAUACAUAGUUUUAAAAAUUAAAUUUGAAUUAUUUUUAUUUGAUGGAAGGUAGAAAAGAGUAUGAAUAGUAGAACUCCACAGAACACACAUAGACUAUAAGUAUUAUAGUAGGCUGAUGGUAAAGAGCAAUUUAAAAGCAAAAUCAGAGGUAUCACAAUUUAUUCCGAGACAAGGAUGAACAGGCUUAAUGAAUGGACAUUGUUUUGUGUAAUGGAGGCUCGAUUAUCAAUGCAGUGAAAUGAGUGAAUGCAGAUACUAUGGCACUCUACAUGUAGCAUUGUUCAAACUUUACUCAACCAAAACAUUGAAAUCACUUCUUCAUUUCCAAUAUUACAGAUAGAUAAAAAAAAGUUGAAUGAAGUCACUCUAUUCAGUUGAAACGUUGAAAGAAACGCUCUGCUAAUGAUGCAAAGCCGCAUGUGGGAAUAUCUGUUCAGAUCAUUAUCCUGCCCAUUUAACACUAUACUGCUGAUUAGAAAUCCAAUCAUAUUGGAUAUUGGUCACUGUGCAUCAAAAUCAUUAUAGUGACAGUUGCAAUAUAACAGUUUUUGCCUUUUAAAUCUUGAAUAGUGAUCAGUGAUCAUAUGCUUCUUUCUCAUUUUUCAACUAAAACUGUUAAAAAUGUGUACCACCUUGGUCCAACAGAAAUUCCAUGAAGCAUCUUGUAUAGGUGCUCCUGAAAAAAAGUGUACAUAUAGGUGCAAAAGGUUGAAAUGUAUUUGCCCAGAUUUUAGAAUUUCGGUUAAGUCCUAUUUAUGCUUAAAAUUUUUAAUAAAGUAAAAGGCAAGGUGGUAUUAAGUAUUUCAAGGCCUUUGAUAGUCAACAUGUUAAAUUCAUUGCUUGCUUGAUUUAAAUCUAGAUACAACCAUGUGUUUCCGCUAACCUGUGGAUUACAGUGGGUGCAUGGUUGCAAUUAUAGAUCUCUAGAUCAUUAAGAGAUACAAUUUUGACGACAUAUUGACCCCCUAAACACAAUAAAUGUACUCUGUAGGAUUAUAAAUUCUGCAUUGAACAUGUAACUUAAACUUAAAGUAAACAAAAUAAUAUUCGCAGUCGGUAUAGAGUAUAUAGUCCCGGAGUAUAGUCUAGACUCUAGAAUCUAGAUAACACUUGUCAAAAGCUCUCUUCACUGGAUCAUAAAUUGUUAUGAUAACAAGGGUUCAAGGUGGAAGAUCCAAGUCUGAUUCACUUGGCUUUGGGUGCGAUAUUGUCUGACCUGGUUGGCUUUAAUAUGAAUGGUUAAGUUCUACAAUGUGUAGCGCAGUUGAAGAAUUGCCAGGUUAUGUACCAAGUUGUCGGUACCUGUAGGUCCAUAGUCUACUCACAUUUUGUAGGCCUUUGUGUUUACAUUUAUUUCACAUCCUGAGAUUGAGAUGUGUGUGUUCGCAUUGCACAAACAUAUGCAGUUGACAUCAUGAACGUUUAAAAAAAAAUUAUCUACAACUGAUAAGACAAAUUCAAACACUUUUAUGCAAAUAUUAAUGUAUUUUUGCAGAAGUGUGUGGUCUUUACUUAGGCCUACUUAUUUCAUGUACAGCACAUGUAGAAUCAUAAAUUUGACGGUUUAUGAUAAGGAUAACAAAUAAUUAUAAUUAUGUAAUGAUUUGAUAACAAAGAUGAACGAAUUAGGGAUUAUGCACUACAAUUAACAGAGAAUGAAGAAGGGAGAGGUAGAGGGAAUAUUAUUUCAUAUAUUUUUGCUGAUGUACAUCAAUUGAUAAGAAAAAUUGCUCCAUUUGACAAUCAAUAUUACUGUCAUAAAUUUUCCUGGAAUUGAGAUUGGAACCUGUAAUAGUGUAAAAUAUAUUUUCCAAUGAGAUUAUCAAAUAUGGAAUUGAUGUUUGAUUCCUGCAUGAAACAUGUACUCAUAUGGCCUGUUGGUACCAGUAUAAAUCUGUACUAACAUUUCAUAUAAACAUUAGGGAACAGAGAAGCAGAAUGAAAUGCCAUACUCUGCCAUAAAUCACUCACAAGGAUAUCAGUGAAAACAGAGAGUAUUGUUUGUUAUUUUAUUACAUUGAUAACAGACAUGGCAUCAUAAAUAUCAUAUUGGCUUUCAAAAGCAGGCUUGUAAUUUACAGUGAAGCAAUUAAUCAUUUUUGGAGAAUGCCCAGUUUGCAUUCACAAAGGGUGUUUUGUUUAUGUUAUGAAUGAUAUUGUUGAGAAUAAGUUGCAUUCUUUAGCAGCCCAUAGAUUUUGACCGUUAAUGUUGUAGAGUACAUUUUAUUCACCAAUCACCAUCUGCCGUUUGUACAUGUACAUCUUCCUUGUUUUCAGCCUAAAUAUUGUACAAAUAGAAAAUGAAUUGAGUUUCUUACAUUUACAUCAGGGAGGUGGAAGAAAAUGUAAAAAUACCACAUCUGAAUUUUGAAAUCAUUGUUGCUGUCAAGACAAGUUUCAAAUGAUCAGAUUUUCCAGGUUUCUGACAUGUGGUUUCUCAUUGAUUUGGUGCAAUAAAAAUAUUGUUUCACUGCCUCAUAUAUUGCCUAUCUGCCAUGUUCAUUAAAUUCUUGAUUACAUUCCUGUACAACUGCCCUCUUCUACAAUAUAUUUUCUAUUAGGCCCCACCCUCUCGCCUCCUUCCCCCAUUCCUCCAGCUCUCCAGUCACUCUCUUUCUUUUGAGCUACAAAAAGUGAAUGUAGCACAGAGCAACUGAAGUUUGGGCAUUAUUCAAGUAAGCUCUCAGUGCUUUUUCAUUUGCUACACUAAUCUCGCUCAGAUGAAUUAACCUGAAAGCUUUGUGUUUAUUUUUAACUCUCAGAGAAAGCUUUUAUUUUCUUUAUCCACAACCAUUCUACAAAUGAAUGGGUUUCUGCCAACACUAUUUACCGACUUCCCUGGGCGAUUUGAUACCUUUAUCCAUUUGCAAAUUAGGGACUGAUGAAGGAUAUAUCCUGAAUGGAAUACCCAUGUACUAUUUGUGCUGUGAUGAAUGAAUCUCCAAAUUGCAUUUUCCUUUUCCUCUCUCUGUAUGUUGCCUCAGAAAAGUUCUACUUUCCUAUAGGCCUAUGCAAUGUAGGUCUUUGACAGUUGAUAUAGAGUUAUUCAAUUAUUGAUAGUUCAAUUUUGCUAAUAUUUUUUGUAUGUAGGCAUAUAGGCCCCUCUGAUUGCAUUCCAUCAUUAUUCCCACUGUAUUUCAAGCAUGGGUUUGAAAUUGGCAUCAUUGACAUUCAAUAUUCUAAUCAAAUUAUAUUCUAUUUAUAUCAAAAUCUACUUGAUAAACAUAUUAUAUUGUACAUGUAAUGAUCUUUGGGCUUCAUGAAUAUACAAAGUGUGAGAAAUUGAUCAAAUCAUCAUUAGUUGUGUUUUUUUUUCCUAUUCUAGGUAACCAUGGGUAACAAUAAUGGGUAAUAUUGGACAUCACAACCUAAUUUAUUUAGUACUGGGUAUAAAAUUGUAGAAGAAAGUAAUGUACAUGUACCUCCUUCUUCGUAAAGUACAAAAUGAAAAUCAAUCCUCUAAGUCCUAUAUUCGCUCAAUUGGUGUGUUGAUAAAAUUGAAUUGUAUCACACUAUUGCAUUACACCAUCAUGCUGGCUUUGAAUGGGGUUGUUAUCUGUUGAUUCAUUUUUCUUAUAAAGCAAUAGAUUGAGGGUACCAUGGCAAUGUAUGUGUACCUCGUCAGUGUGUAUCGAUCUAUAGACAUCCAGAGGCACAAAUUACAUGCAAAAAUCAAUAUAUUGGUAGCUGCAUGGCUGGCUUUAAUAAUAUGAUUUCAAAAUUAGGCAACUUGCCGUUAGACCACAGUACUAGUACAUACAUGUCUACAAUCUUUAGCUUGACAUUGGGGAGAAAGUGAGAAACACCUUGCUAGGGGGAAUGAUAUUCACUGUGAUCAUUCAAUAAAUUAACAUGAAAAUUGACAUAACAUGAAAUUUUACCAGUUGAUUUUGAUGAAAUCACUGAUGUACCUUGUAAUUGAAUGUGUAGGUUUUAUAUUUUCAUUUCUCGUGAUCAAACGAUAUUUGGAUAAUGUCUACAUUCUGCAUUGCACUCUCUUUUGGAAGAUAUACAACGAUUUAUAUAGGUACCUUGUAAUAUUGAAAGGAAUUAUAGUGUGUAUGUACCCACCUACAUUAAUAUGACCUUCAAAGGUGCUGGGAAUUGAUCAAGUGGAAAAUUAUUGCAGAGCAUAAUCAUGGUUCUUCAAUAGUAUAAUCAUAGCAGUCAUAGUAUAGAGAAAUGGUUUGAUAUUGUUGCUAGGCAACAUCUAUUGCUUUCUAUGAUGAAUGCAAUGUUGAAAGGCCAAUCAAAUUCUAACAUUCUUGUAAAUCGCUGGAUACUGGUUGUACAUUGAUUGCUAAAUGCAAUGCUGUAUACAUGUAAGUUGCAUAUAGCCUAUAUGCUAGCUAAGAGAAUAUAUAAUGCCAUUUUAAAGAGAAUAAUAGGAUGCUCUUACACAGAGAUCAAUGGUUAUAUUUUUAAGAGGGGCGUCUUUAAAGCUAAGAAGUUUUGCUGCUGUGUCCCAAUAAGCACACAUUUGUGGUGGGUAUACUAUAGAAAAAAUGCAGAAUGAAUAUCCAGGGAUGCCUAGUUGACAAAUAGAGAUCCUUUGUUUCGUUGUACGCAUAGACCUUCAUGCUGUUAAAUGUCACAUGAGCAUGCAUGAAUAUACAUGUGUCAAACUGCUUUCUUUGCCUUUAAUUGAAUUUCAAAGUUGAACAUAUGGUGAAAACUGUAUGGUAAAUUUCAGUUAUGCAGGCAGUCUGUAUACCUUGAAAGCCAUGUUGUUGGUAUUUUUUUUACUUGUCACUGGUGUCAGUUUUGUUUCAUAUAUACAACAUGCUACAUCCAUAGUAGUCAUUCUGUCUAUGUGUUCAAAUGACAAUUUCAAACUUAAAGUUGAUGUUGAUCCUUUUUCCGCUGUGUGUUCUUUGGUACUGCCACCCUUAAAGGUAGCAUGGGUCUAAUAAUAUGUGUGUGUGUUUUUUUACUUUCCAGUACUUUGUGUACAUGUAUUUCCCUGCCAUUCUGUGUAGUUGCUAACAUUUUCCUCAAUCUAAAGUAUCUUCUUUUUUGCAUUUAUAUACCGAAGGGCUUUUGAAAAUACCUACAGUACAAGUAUUUGACAAAAUUGAUUAUGAUUACUCCAUGUAGUUCCAGGUAUUAAAAGAGCACAAGCACCACCAUUUAAUCUAUUGAAAUCACAAUGUUAGCAAGCUUGCAAUACUGUAGGCACACAUACAACUUCGAGAUAGAGUAGGUUCCUUGUUUCCAUGGAAACAAUACUGAUGACUUCAUGAAAAACAUGAAGUGUUCUAUUCUGUGACAGUCUGUGCUUGUGCAUCUGUUUUAAGAUGUGCAAAUGCAUUUAUGCAGAUGUAUAAAAUGAAAAUUUAAUUUUCCCUGCUGUCUGACUGACAUUUCUGAUAUCAUAUAUGACAUGAAAUAUUUUUUUACUGUAGUACUAUUUAUUAGAUAAUAAUGAUUACUGAAAUUAUAUUCAUCUAAUGUUAAUGUAUCAUCAAAUGUAUUUAAUUAAUGUACAGUGUACUAACACAUUUUGAUUUAAAUCUCACCCACAUCAUGUGUGUUUAAAAAACCACAAACUGUAUUUUGUAAGUUUGUGCAUGAUAACUGGAUGAUUCUGCAGUACUGCAAACUUACAUGCACUUAGCGAGUUCGCAGUGGCGUCUGCUGCUAAAAAAAAACAGUAUUUAUUGUGAGAUAGGAAUCAAAAGAAUUGUGACUGAAAUGCGUUGUAAACUAAAAAUUAAACAGUAUAAAUGCAUGUUUGAUUUUUUUUCAGAUAUAGAGAUACAGUGUAUCCAAUUUUCUGACAAACAGAUGGAUUUUCUAUCACAUAUAAUGAAUGAUUUUAAUGUUCCUGAUAAAUAAUUAUUUCUUUUUUUGUAAUUUUGGCUUCCUUGAAAAUAUUUUGUAAGGCUUAAUUCAUUUGACAUAACAAUUGAUAAAUAAUUAAUAUUAUAACAAAUAUCACACAGUAUCUACAUUUGUAACCUGUACAAUAUACUGCCUUGAUUAUAUAAAAUAAAUGCAGAAUGUAAAGAAGAUCUAGAGUCGAUAACCAUUAAUGAUUUAAGAAUAAUAUGAUUUUGCAUUUAUGGAGAUAAAACAGAGAGAUACACAAAAUCAAACAAUGACGGAAAAUGAAAACUGUGAUGAAAUUAACGGAUGGCAUUACAUUAAUUAGCAGUCUUUUUAUAGCUUCACCUACCCUCACUUCACGGCUGUUAGAUCAAGGAAUUAUUAGUACGAUGGUAAAUGUAAUGUACAUAGCACGACAUUGUUGUAGAUUUACUAAUUACAAAAACAGCAGAGUCGGUUACAUAACACUGUUUGCUGAUCGAUUUUAAGAAACUGCACUGUAAAAGGAACCGGUAAUUAAGAGACUUUAUUAAUCCCUUUUGUAAUGUGAUAUGAUUGGAAGAUAUCAUUGAUGGACACUUGCUUGAACUUUAAGGCUUGCCAAAUUUUCAAUGAAAAUUUGAACAAACAGAAGUCACCUCCUUGGCACAUUUGUUGUUACCAUGGCUUUUGAUUAUAUCUUCACAAAGCCUUGAUUAAUUAAAAUGGUCAGAUGUAUUUCUCUUAAAAAAAACAACCUUUUAAGAAUGAAUCAUUAUGUCAAUGCUUAAACUUGUCUUUUACCUUGUUUUUGCUUUCAUUUAAUGACAUGAUGUAUUUUUGUCACUUUAUCAACUGAGUUAAUUUCAGGAUAAUUGUAUUUGUGUCUGAGCUCCUCCAGCUUGGAAUACCUUGAACUUCAAUAGACAUCUACAUGUAAAUCAAAGUAAACCUUGCUGAAGUCAAUUCAACAAUGACUUAUAACAGUGUAGAAUGAAUUGUACAGUGAAUGUAAGCUUAUGUAUCAUUGGCAAAAAGCAAUGUCAGCAAAUGAAAUGAAAUUUACAAUGUAAAUUGAAUGCAUAUUAUGCAAAAUUCUGAUUUGUGUGAGAGUUCAAGUCCUGAAAGCAUUAUUCAAUGAACAUGGAUUUUAUGCUAGCUAAAGCAUUUUUAUUUUUAGGAGAGGGGAGGUUAUAAUUGUCUGAUCCCAUUUCCACCAUCAAAGACCCCCCCCCCCCCGUUUUGUAACCCAACGACUGAGUACGAUGUAUUUGAAAUAAUUUCUUGAUCCGAUUAGAUCAUGUUCAAGAAUAUUCACUAUCAAUCCUUGAAUGGUUUUGUUUCAGUUGUUUUAAUGAAAUUUACAUGUUCAACUUUUUGUUAAAAACUUUCCCAUUCUGGCCUUCAAUUACGCAUUGAUGGACUAUGAUUUUUGAUUCAUGAUCCAAGUCUGUAUCUGUACUCUUUCUGUAUUCAAUUGUACUAUUUUAUUAUGAGUAUCCUACCUGUAUCGGUUGUGGUUGUGUCUAUGCUAAUUUUUGUUAUGUGCCUUAUUAUGUUGAUGUAAAUAUGUGAAGUAUACAUGCCCUAAUAUGUUAUGAAUAUAAAAGUUAUAUCAAAGUCAAUUAAACAAAAUUUAAACCAUCCAA